GUUUGUCUAGCUCCUCAGAGUAGCAGAUCUGUGAGACAGCUUGAAGUAUGAAUCCUCUGUGGUGCAGAUACAGUACUCUCUUCAUUUCAGAUUUCUCAAAUCCAUAGACUGCAUUUGAAAGAUGAAUUUGCAUGCCCUGUGUGUUCUACUGGUGUCCAUUUUUAUGGAAGCUAAAACUCAAAGUGGGGAAGUCGAGGGACAUUGUCAUCAAGUGGUGAAUAUAUUCCCUGCCAAACUCAGAGAGUUGAGAACCACCUUUAAUAAGGUCAAAGAUUAUUUUCAAAUGAAGGACGAUGCACUGAAUACAAUUUUACUCGAAGACAAUUUAUUACAGGAGUUCAAGGGUUCUCUGGGGUGCCAUUCAGUUGUGGAAAUGCUUCGAUUCUACCUGGAGGAUGUAUUACCAAAUGCCAUUAGUGGUAGCAAAGGUGUAACUAUAGAUGUCAGCUACAUUGGAAACCAGCUAGUGGACCUCAGACACACUUUAAGACGAUGUCACAACUUUUUGCCUUGUGACAGAAAAAGCAGAACUGUCAAACAGAUCAAAGAGACUUAUAAAAAGAUGCAAGCUAAGGGGAUCUACAAAGCAAUGGGAGAAUUUGACAUUUUCAUUGAUUACAUUGAGGACUACCUGAUGUCCAAGAAGAAAUAACAGCCCUGGAAAUGACUAGAGUUUUAUUCAAUGAAAAAAUACCUCUUUUGUGCAGAAGUAAACAAACAAUGUAUACACUUGAUAACUGUAUGCACUGAUUUCAUGAAACAAUGUUUUAGGAUGUUUACAGAGGUUGCAUGUUUUAAUGCAAUUUCAUUUAUAUGUUAUUCAUUAGGAUUGCUGUUACAAUAUAAUUUCAUCUCAAUACAGUAGUAUCAUAGAUCAGUACUUAUGUGCCAACAGCAAGUCAGUAAGUGGGACGUUACAGUAAAAAAAACAGAUCUAUAUCACUAGAGUGAUGUAUUAAUGUUGGACUACUGGAGAUCUGCUAUUUAUUUUUUUAUAGUCUCUAAAGACAUUGGCCAUGGGGGCUUUUAUUACAAAAAAUUGCUCUAGCAAUACAGAGUACAUUAUUUAUUUUACUCUUGUAACCCUUUGAGAGUAUGAGAUUUGAAAAAAAAUCAGUUUUGUUAUUUUUUGCCAUUUCUUUGCAAAAUAUGCUCAUUCAUUCAUUCUAUCUAUUACAUGGACAACUUUAAUAACUAAUGAACAACUUAAUUCAUUAUGGACAAAAAGAACAAAACUAUCUCAAAUGUGUUUAUUUGUUUUUUUUAAAGAAAUAGCAAAAUCUAUAUGUGUGUGUGUUUUUGCAUGUGUAAAAUCCAUACUAGCAUAUUUUAACAUUUACUGCUUUGUUUAGUAUUUGUAUUUUUGGCUCAUUAUACAUUUCUACUUCUAGAGUACAGUUUUCUAUUGAAAAUUUGUUACAUUUGUUUUAUAAUAUAUGCAUAUGUCAAAAAUGAAUUUUAAGUUAUGUAUUUAUAAAAAAAAAUUGAAACAAAGAUGACGCACAUUACUACUUGUAUAUAUUACACUUUUAUAUUGAAAAUGUGUAAAUUUGUUUUAUAAUAUAUGCAUAUGCCAAAUGCAUUUUAAGUUAUAUUUUUAUAAAAAUAUAGGACUAUGUAUUUCUUCAUUAGAAGGAACAUUAAUGUGAUUUGCACAGUAUAAAAGUCAUCAUUGCAAAGGACUGUAAGAUUUAUUUUUCUGAAAGAAAGCUUCAAUAAACUAUUUUUCUAAAAAAGAA